AGUGCCCGUUCUGUAGCGUUUAGCUACUAUUAUGUAUUCUGUGAGCUUAAGAACAGUAAAUAAUAACAAAAUAUUUCAUAAUUCUUCAGUCAUGUGGUAUUUUGACGCAUAACCUCUGUCUGUCGCGUCGCGCUCAAUUAUUUUCAAUUUUGUGUUACUAUAUUACCUAGGUACGAUUAAUUUUGUGUGUUAUCCUUGUAUCAUCAAAAUGGAAAAAAUAAAUAAUAUCCACACUUCUGAACAAAAGAAGAGGAAACGUUCUGCAAAUUGGGAUUCGUUGGAAAAGAAUUUACUACGGAGUUGUGUCGCCGAGUUUGUAGACGUUAUUGAAAAUAAAAAUACCGACACAAAUACGAACAAAGCCAAAAACGCUGCUUGGAAGAAAAUAACAGAACGAUUUAAUGAACUUAACAACAAGCCACGUACCAUUAUAGAAAUAAAACAGCAGUGGCGGAUAGCGAAAUCAGAUGCAAAACAAAAGUUUUCAAUUUAUAAAAAUGCACGUAGCGAAACUGGAGGUGGACCGAAACCACCUAUCUCAGACCCUGUAACUAGUCAAAUGAUUGACAUGAUACCUAAAGAAUUUGAAGUAGACUUUAAUCACUUUGAUAGUGAUGGCAUCAUAGUGGAGUUACAAGACAAUAAAAAAGGUGCAUGUGAAGCACCCAUCCUUUAAACUGGAGACAGUGUUCCGGGCUGCAGUAAGAUAAACAAUCAAACCCCCCAACAAUCAACAACAUCAAUUUUUUAUAUGCCAAUAAUAAAGGUGCAUGUGAAGCACCCAUCCUUGAAACUGGAGACAGUGUUCCGGGCUGCAGUAAGAUAAAUAAUCAAACCCCCCAACAAUCAAUCAACAGCAUCAAGAGAAUAGUAAAGAGAAAGUUACCAUCUGUGGUUAAUGAAUCUACAAAACAAAGAAACCAAGCGCUGAUACAAUGUGUGGAAGAAAAACACAAAUUAAAGAUAGAGCAGAUGAGGGAGUCCCACGAAUGGGCUAGACAAGAACACGAAUUAAAAUUAAAAAAUUUGGAAUUAGAAAAUUUAAUAUUAAAAAAUAAAUUAA